AUGGAUUGGGCCAGCCUUGUUCCUGUGGGGUUACUGUUUGUCCUCAUUCUCCUGCUGAUUGUGAAAAGACAAUAUUUCUGGAAGAGCCAUGUGAAUAAGAACCUUCCCCCAGGACCCAAGCCUUUACCCAUCAUUGGAAAUCUGCACAUCUUGGACUUGAAGAAACUUGACGGGACAAUGAUAAAGCUGUCUGAAACAUAUGGCCCACUGUUCAGAAUUCAAAUGGGACCAAAGACAGUGGUGGUGCUAUCAGGAUAUGACACAGUGAAGGAAGCUCUGGUGAACCAUGCAGAUGCAUUUGCAGGGAGACCUAAAAUACAAAUAAUCAAAGAAACAGGAAAAGGAAAAGGAGUUAUAUUUUCUUAUGGAGAAAACUGGAAAGUAAUGCGAAGAUUUACUCUUACAACCUUACGAGACUUUGGAAUGGGAAAGAAGGCCAUAGAGGAUCGUGUUGUAGAAGAGUAUGGAUACCUGGCAGAUGUCAUUGAGUCACAGAAAGGGAAGCCCCUUGAGAUGACUCUGAUAAUGAAUGCUGCUGUUGCUAAUGUCAUUGUAUCCAUAUUGCUUGGAAAACGGUAUGACUAUGAAGACCCCACAUUCAAAAGACUCCUGUCAUUGAUGAAUGAAAAUAUAAGACUUUUUGGAAGGCCAUCAGUUUCGCUGUACAAUAUAUUCCCAGCCCUUGGAUUCUUCCUGAAGGACCACAAAGCUUUUCUUGAGAAUGUGAAAGAAGUCAAUGCUUUUAUCAAGGUUACUUUCAUAGAACAUCUUAAAGUCCUGGACAGAAAUGACCAGAGGAGCUUCAUUGACGCUUUCCUGGUCAGACAACAAGAGGAGAAUGGAAAGGACAAUGGUUUUUUUGAUAAUGAAAACUUAACUGAGGUUGUGAGAAAUCUGUUUGCAGCUGGUACAGAUACCACAUCCACCACUUUGCGCUGGGGCCUUCUGCUCAUGAUGAAAUAUCCUGAAAUUCAGAAAAAAGUCCAAGAAGAGAUAGAGCAAGUGCUAGGAUCAAACCCCCCACGAACUGAGCAUCGGACUCAAAUGCCAUAUACAGAUGCUGUUAUCCAUGAAAUUCAGAGGUUCGCUAAUAUCCUGCCAUUGAGCCUGCCUCAUGAGACUACUGCAGAUGUCAAUCUCAAAGGCUAUUUCAUUCCCAAGGGAACCUACAUCAUCCCCUUGCUGACUUCUGUCUUGCGAGACAAAUCCCAGUGGGAGAAACCAGACACCUUCUACCCUGAGCACUUCCUCGACUCGGAGGGGAAGUUUGUAAAGAAAGAUGCUUUCAUGCCUUUUUCAGCAGGACGAAGGAUCUGUGCUGGUGAGACUCUUGCCAAAAUGGAGCUCUUCCUCUUCUUCACCAGCCUCCUACAGAGGUUCACCUUCCAUCCUCCCCCAGGAGUUUCCACCUCAGACCUGGACCUCUCCCACACUACUGGGCUUACCGUUCCCCCAGUGACUUAUGAGGUCUGUGCAGUGCCACGUUCCUAGGGGGUUUCUCAGCCAUCUUCUUUCCCUGAAAUACCCAGAUGAAAUAUUUUAGUC